AUAAUUAAAUGACGUCAUUUUCCUGGCAUGGCACAGGAAGUUGGAAAAGUAACUAUCUCAAUGCCUCACAGAAGAUUGGAUGAUGGAUAACGAUGCAGAGGAGGAGGCUCCACCUCAACUUCCGGGUCAAAAUUCAUGGCAUCAAGGGCAUGGUGCGAGCCAAAGAGCACGCGCCAAUGAGAUUAAAGUCAACACCAUAAUAGCUGAAGUCUCAGAACUGAUUAAACAAAAAAAGUUUCAAGAAGCAUUAGAAAAUUGUGACAAAGCUCUUUCCCAGUUUGGUAAUAAUGAAAGGCUUCUUGAGAAAAAGAUCAAAGUAUUGUGUCAUCAGGGUCACUUUGAAGAUGCUUACAGUGAGGCCCUUGUCUGGUUACAAAGAGAACCAAGGCAUCCAGUAGCAAUUAAAGAAUUGAAGAGAUUGAAGAUUGUUCUUGAUGCCUUGAAAGACCAGGUUUAUUAUUUUGUUCUAAGUUGUUUGAAAUAUACAGCUAGUGGGCGUUGUCCCUAUGCAGACAAAUGUAUUGAGGCCCACUCUGCAGAAGAGCUAGAGGAAUGGAGAGACAGGUUCAAAUUUAAACGGCAGCAGUUACAGAUGGCAAAAGAUAAACAUCUUCAUGGCAACACUUAUCCAGAACAGCUCAUGGAAAAACUCAUGACUGCAGAGUACCCCAAGUCUGUGAUGGUUGCCAGUGUAGACUAUGCGAAGGUGAUAGUAAACUCUGAUCUCAAGGUAAACAUGAUCUCCAAGAAGUGUACACAUGCAUGGACAUUCACCAUCACUAGUAAAAUAUGUAUUUUACGAGUGGUAUUACUAGAUGAGGCAGUUUCUAACUAUUUCUACAUAUCCAGUAUAUCUGUUGGGCCAAAGAAAACUCAGAAAUAUCAAAAUCUAGAAAAUCAUUGCCAAGAAUGGAAAAACCCAGAAAUCACUAUAAAUAGACCAGGGGAAUAUGUGUACAGGGUAAAGGUGGUGUUUAAGACAGAUAUAUAUGGGACAUUUCGAGAAACUUUGGUGUUUGACUUUGGUUCUGAGCCAGUGUUAAGUCGAGACAUGCAUGUAGAGUCGGCACCUGUAACUGAUACAGAGAAAGUUCUCUCAGAGAUACGACUCAGUCAACAAGGACGCUGGAUAUCUGAUCAAGUACAGAUUGUAGAAUAUAAACAGAAAGCUCCUGAUGACCAGAAAUCUAUAGAUUUAUUAAAGAAGUAUUCUCUACCUGGGAUGAACAAGUUUAAGUUCUCAGAACACCUUAUGCAAACACCCACCAAGGAGAACUAUCGGCUCUGGAUGCAUCAAAUGCUUUAUGUUGAAGAACUUUCACAGAUAGACAAAAUAUCAAAGUUUAACAUCACAACAUCGUUACAGCUAGUGAAUCGUUUCCUGUUGAUGCCAGGCUCAUUGUCAGCAGCAAAGUUUGCCCAGGAUGGAGAGCUGUUUGCACGUAUGAAGCUAGAAGAUGACCUCUCGGUUGAUUCAGUUGCUGGACGACUGAUAUUAAAAAGUACAAACCUUGUGUGGCUGGCUCCACAUAAACCUGGUUCCAAAAACAAUGCACUGCCGAAAAAGGUAUAUGAAGCUGUAAUAGAAGACAGGGGGAAAAAUUUCAUAUUUCUACGACUGUCAAGGGAAUGUGUUGAAGAACUUGAACUGACAUGUGACCAAGAAUUUUCUGUGGAGGUGCAGUUCCAGUUAAACAGACUUCAUUUCUGUGAGAUGCACCAUGCAGUUGAUGCCUUGUCAACACUGGAUAUUGUCUUCCCUCCUGCACUCGAACAGUUACCUCCUGUAGACUGGACUUGGAAGGAAGAUGUUGGAGACAGAACAAAUGAGGAUCAAAGAGAUGCUAUCAUGAAGUGUGCAGCAUAUUCCCAUAAAGCAUUACCUCCCUUACUCAUUGUUGGUCCAUUUGGUACUGGAAAAACUUACACCUUAGCACAGUGUGCAAAACAUGUUCUGCUGGAAGAAAACACAAGAAUAUUGAUAUGUACCCAUUCUAAUAGUGCUGCUGAUAUUUAUAUUAAAGAGUUUUUACAUCCUUAUGUAAUGGAUGGUAAUCUUGAAGCACGGCCUCUGCGUGUAUAUUACCGUCACCGUUGGAUACAGACUGUCUCAGAGACUGUUCUACAAUAUUGUAUACAAGAACAGUCAGGUCCUCAGGCUGGAACUUUCAGGGCCCCGCAGAUAGAAGAUGUAGAAAAGCAUAGAGUAGUUAUCACCACAUUGAGUACAGCAAGGUUACUCUCUGACCUUGAUCUCCCAGAAGGAUUUUUUACACAUAUAUUUCUGGAUGAAGCUGCACAAGCCUUAGAGUGUGAUAUGUUGAUUCCACUGUCUUUAGCAGGUCAAAAUACUAGAGUAGUGUUAGCCGGCGACCAUAUGCAGAUGAGUCCAGAGGCAUUUUCUGAUUUUGCCAGACAGCAACAGUUUCACAAGUCAUUGUUGGAGCGUUUGUAUGAUAUGUAUGCUGACAAUAGUCCUAGUAAAGUGAUGCUGUGUGAGAAUUACCGUGCUAACAGGGCCAUCAUAGAGUUUACAUCCGAGUUAUUCUACGAUAAUAAACUGAAGGCAUCAAAAGAUCCUAUAGCUCACAGCGUAUACUACCCUCUCACAUUCUUUACAGCUCGAGGAGAGGAAGUACAACAUGAAAAUAGUUCAGGAUAUUACAAUAUUGCUGAGAUAUAUGAGAUAAUAGAGCAAGUUGACCAUCUACAGAAACACUGGCCACAAGAAUGGGGUGAAUUUGAUGAGAACAGUAUAUGUGUAGUAGCUCCUUACUCUGACCAGGUAUAUCUUAUGUCCACAUACAAGAAACAAGCAACUCCCCACUACAAAGUACUCAUGGAGAGAGCCUUCGUUAAUGUUCAAGGAAAGCAGUUUCGUGUUAUAGUAAUGAGUACAGUAAGAACAAGGCAUACAUGCCCUACUGAUGCAGCAGCUGCUGACAAGUUAGAUCUAGGCUUCCUUUCCAACAUUAAACUAUUGAAUACAGCAAUCACUCGUGCACAGUCUUUAGUUAUAGCAGUAGGUGAUCCAGUAUCCUUAUGUCUAGCUGGCAGGUGCAGUAAAGUGUGGGAAUAUUACAUUGAAGUUUGCAAUGAUAACAACAGUUUUUUUGGAAUGACUGAACCACAUCUGAGGUCCCUGCUCAAUAAUGCUGAGAUGACAAAAACAUACAUCCUGAACCCACUUGCUCCAGAGUUUAUCCCCAAGGCUGCAUACCCAGGUCAACAGGGACAGCCUGUAUUUAUCUCUCACACAGGACAGAUGGGCCCAGCAGUUGGUUGGCCUGCCAAUCAUCCUGCAGCAUAUAGAGGUCCUCAUCCACAGGUGUAUCCCUAUGGAAAUCCUUAUGUACCUAUGAUGUAUCCAUCACCAUAUGGGCCAUAUCACCCAUACAUGGGACCUCUUGUAUACAGGCAACAUCCAGGAAUGUACCCUGGAAUGGGAGGAAAAGGUCAAAUGAGGGGACCAUUACCUAAACAAUCAGGCCCAAAGGUGAAAUUACCAGCACAGCCAGCUCUUCCUGUACAACGUGAUGAUGAAGAUCGUAGUGAUUCACCAAGGGCAACUGCCACACCUCCAAAGCCUGCAUCAUCUAAACAGCAAGCUCAAGCAUCAGUCUCGCAGCCACCUAAGAAAUCUGUCCAGAAAAGAAUGGUUGCAGUCAAUAUGAUGCCCAGAAUGCCAAUGUAUCAGCCUUAUUAUGCUUAUCCCCAGUAUGUGAUUCCAUCAGAAGACCCAAGAUACAUGCAGAUGCCACUUCAGGCUCCCUAUUACUACUCGUAUCCGAACAUGCCACGGCAUCCUUACCCUUACAUGGUGCCUCAACCAGUUCAUGUUCAAGUUCAGCCAAGACCCGGCUCAGGGAGUGUGUCUCCUGCCAGUUCAGAUGGUGCCGUAAAAGGGAAUCAGCCAUCAUCACCAACGGACAGCAGUCAGUCAGACGCCUUAUCAAUGUCUCCAGGUUCAACUGCUGGUCAACAUAUUCAGUUAUUACCAAAUGUAAAACAUGUUCCUACGCACUUACUCUAUAGUGCAUCAGGAAGUGGCAAUAACUCCCGUUCAAGCACUCCUGUUUUAGCAAAUUCACCUGCACCUCAGCAGCAAGGAGGCAUGGCAAGAGAUAGUCCAAGGAAUUCACAAGGAGAGAUGGAAUUCCCAACAUUUAGAAGAAGGCAUCAUAGUGGGCCAAGACCUGUCUCUCAAAGCCCCAGCUACAGUUCACAAGGAUCUCAUGAAAGCUCUACAUCUCCUGUUCUUAAUGGGGACCAGACUGCAGCUGUUUAUUCUUCUGAAGCAAGUCAGAAAGGAGCAUAUUCAGAGGUUAAAGUUAAAUCACAGAGCAAAUCUAUUUCAAAAACAACAGAGAGACAAACAUUAGCUGCUAAAGCACCACGAGCAUUGAAGCUGAACACUAAUACUACAGGCUUUAGUCGUCAGUUCAGUGAUGAACUUGGAACUCCAACUGAAAUUACAAAUAUUGUAAGAAUGAUAGAAGAAAAUAUUGAUGAAGAUGAUGAGGAGGAUGCAGAAAGGACUGCAGAUAUUUUGUUCAGAAAAGAGGCUGCCAUGCAUCAAAAUAAACCCUCACCACCAGCAGGCAAGCUUUUCCUCAAUCUGCCUGUACAGAAAUCAGCAAAUGAGCCAAUACAGUCUUCAUCAAGUAGUUCACAUGAAGAUGAUGUUAUGCCAUCAUAUGCAAGAGCUGUAAGGCAACAGCUCCCAUCUUAUAGAGAGACUGAUUUUGACCCAUCAAUGUUAGAGCCACAAACACCCAUGACACCUGCUGGAUUUCACACCCCUGGUACAGAUAUGAACACAGACCCUCUUGAACUCUUGCGUAAUCUGAACAUUAAUAAUGAUAACUUAAACAAAAGUGCUCAUGGUCACUUUUAAAUUGUACAUGUACAUUGUAUUUAGUUAAUUGUUCAUGAAUAAUUUGUACAAAUAUUUCUGCUGUAUUUUUAAACAUUCAUUUAAUAUUUUUUAGGUUUUUAGACUUUAAAAAUAAGAUCAGAUUUAACACACAUGAACAUAAGUCGUGAUAUUUAAAAAAAAAGUUUUUUGGCAAUCCUAAAGUCUGGUAGUAUUAAUCUAUCAUUUUAGUAAACAUAAUAUUCUAAGUGCUGUCCUGAACAAUUCACAAGAUAUAUAUAGUGUAUGUGUGGUGUUAGAAUGUGCUGGUCACUAUUACCUGCAUAUUUAUCAUCUUAUUUUAGUGCAUUAGUUGUUGGGCAUAUUGUUCCUGACCCAUCUGUCUGUCUCUGCUGACACUUUAAACUUCAUCACUACAUUGUCAUUAUAAAUGUUGAUAAUUACACACCUAUUGGCAAAGACCUUUGUUGAACAUGUUCAUGUGUGACCUUGACCUUUGAAUGACUGACAUUCAAUGUCAUGUUUUAAAAGUUCAAGAAAUUUCAGCAUAACUAUUUUGUACAGAUUUGGGAAUGGGGCGUGUGAGUUCUGUCCUCUCAAUUUAUAUGUAAAUAUGGACUAUUUUUCUAUUAAAGAAGAUGCAUCUUUCACAUAUUUUAUCAUGACUUAAAGCACAUAUUGAUAAUUUAGCACCCUUUGUUAUAGUAAUAAUUUUCUCUGGUUUGCAAGUAGAGAAAAUGUUAUAUAUGUUUUGGAUGAUAAAUACUCCACACCAUAUAACAGUAAUUGUUUGAUAUUAAAGUUGGUUAUUGUAUACAUUACUAAAGCUGCAAGAGGAAAUCUAUUGGUAGCCUCUAUGUGGCCUACAUUAUUUAUCAAUUACUUUGUUUUUGAAAUGGUGUUGAUAUUUUUGAAUGUGUAAAACAGCACUUUAUAUGUUUGUGCACUGUUUACACAUAAAAAUAUGUUUAUAUUCUGUAUUUAUUCCAUUUUCAUACAUCCAUUACUUGCUUUUUGACUAUAUCCUGGCUUACAAAUUAUGUGUAUUUCUAAAAGCACAACACUGCUUUUUUGUUGUGUUUAAAUCAUUAUAAAUAUAAGUGUAUGUUAUCAUGGGAAACCUGUAUUACAUAAGGAAUAUUAUUAAGGUGAAAGUUUGUUGUAAACAUAUAUAAAAGUAAUAUGAAAGUUAUACAACUAUUGUGGAAUUCCACCAGACACCUGUCUCAAUAAUUAUUGACAUAUAUUAGUGUUACAGUGGAAAUGAUUAAUGUAAGGGGGCUAUUUGUAAAUUUUAUAGUGUAUUAUACUUUAUCUUUUCACUUGAAUAAGCUUUAAAAGUUACAUAUACACUGUAUGUUCUUUAAUGCUUAAGUUGUUGAUUGCACUAGUCAGCUGGCUGGCUCCUGAAUAAAGAGAUACAGUAUUCAUAUACAGUUUUAACAUUAGGGUACAAGAUAAAAGAAUAAUAGUUUGAUUUCAAAUUUUUUAAGGACAGUUACAACGUUAUGGAGUGAUUGUUCAUGAUUUCAAAUAUUGACUGGCACUAGAGUUAUAGAAAUUUGUAUUCCUUUAUGCUAGUAAAGGUCUUCCAAAUGAAAAGGAUCGCUAGAUUUAUAUACAACAGAUGGUUUUAAAGAAAUUACAUAUGAAACAUGGAAGGUCCGUUAUUGCAGGAAGUGUUUCAACUGAACUUGUAUUUCAUUACAGACUCAUUUCAUCAUUAUGCUUGUUAAUUCAUUUCACUUUUGUGCUUUUGUUAUUAUACAAUUGCAUGAUUUUAACUUGAACAUCUUAGAUGAUGUUUCAUUUUGUCACUUUUUAUGAUAUAUUUAAUACUUUACUAAUAUAUGUGUGUAUUGAAAAUGCUUGUUUUUGUCACCUAUAAAACUUAAUAACACUGUAUUUGAAGUAUUUUAAUUGGAAUAGUUGUAGCCUUGUAAUAUAAAUGUAAUUAUUAUACCAAAAACGUGUAAUCAAAAACUGCAUUGAUUUAAGCAAUGCCUUUGUAACAAAGAAACAAGCAUUUUAUACACUAUAAAUACAUGUAGAUCAGUCCCAUUCUAAAUAACCUACUGUCAUUGUAGUAGUAUAUUUCUCUCUAGCUGUAGUUUGUGGUUUUUGUAUUUAUAAUCAAGAUUUGUUAUAUCAACAACACUAUUAUCAUUGUGCAACAAAGCUAUGUUUGGUAUUCAAUUUCAUAGUCCAGUAGCUAUACCUAUUUUUUGAACAUCCAUUUUGAAUGGAACUACAUUCAGAUUUCUAUUUUUAUAUCUUAAACAACAGGGAUUCAUAUUGUAAUUUUAGGAACAUAAUUGAUUGACCAAACAUAAGUUUUGUUGUUAGGUCUAAUAUAUUAUAAUAUAUUCAUGUUUAGGUCAUAGUAUAAUUUCUGUUUAUAAGAACCCAAGUUUCUAUCUGGGUGUACUGUUAGUACUGGUAACAGUAACUACAUUGGAUGCAUCUAUAAACAGCUCUAAAUAGUUUUUUUAAGCUUGUUUAGUACAGAAAUAUUUUUUGUUUUGGUUCUUAUCACAAAUUGAAGUUUUUCUCAAGGUAUCAAGUCAUUUCAGAACGGUAAACAGUAAUACAUGUAUAUAACAAAAAUAGUUUUGUGUAUCAAAUAGAUGGACAUUAAUUUGGUUCCGGGCUAUUUAAAAUAAGGUAUAUAGAUAUUUUUAAUUUUUUUAUAACCUGAUCAUGGUAAAACUUUAGGACAGCAGUGUUAUCAAUGACACGCAAAUGGAAGCAUGCAGUGGUACAGUAUGGUUUUUAGCUAGACUAUUUUAAAAAUGGUGAAAGCUAUUGAACUCACCUGGGUGUCUUAAGUUUUUGCCUGCAAGUUGGUGUCUCCAAAACUAAUGAAGGGAAAGUGUUGAAACUUCACACACUUAUUUGAGAGAAGAAUAGGAAGUGCUUGACUGAAUAUGGCUCUUUUUUAACUAAGAAAAUUCUACAUUAUAAUGGGUUCUAAUUCACUGUCAUGCACUAAGAAAAGUUGAACAGGCUGUCCUAGUGACAGCUCUUGUUGAAAAUGUUAUCAAUGUAGUCUCUGUAUAAUGGUAGUCUGUAUAAGUGUAUUAUGAGCAGAUGCUAUUUUUAUAAUACUUUUCAUACAAAAUUCAUUUUCUGAAAUAUAUCUUUGUUAGUACUGUACGAAAACAGUCGAUGAGUAUUUUUUACAGCAUACCAAAGACAUUAGUAGGUCAUUUAAGUAUAACAUAUAUUUUAUUCGGCAUUAAAUGCCAAAAAAAAACAACAAACAAACAAGAAGUAAUAAUUGAAGAAAGGAACAGAUUAUGCCUUGCAUGCAUUUGAGAAUAUAAAUAUAAAAAGCAUCAUUGUAUCAAAUUUUAGAUAAUGUAUAAUGGAUUAUCUUCAUUUUUUUUACUGUUAAAAGUUAAUAAUUCUAAAGUUAGAAGAAAAGUAUUUUUGAUAAGUAGAUGUUGCACUAUCUUUUAUAAUGGUGUUGGUACAAUACUCUUAUGGCUAGAUAUUUAUGUUUGUGUAAGUCAUGUUUUUGGCCUAUGUUUUAACGAGUACAUUUGUGACAUUUUGUUAUCCUUGUUCUUGAUUGGUGCAAUAUUUUUCUGUGCACACCUUAAUCUUCACUGGUCUCUUUUUCAUUCUUAACUGCUCAAAUAUCUGAUAGAAUCUUGAUUAAGAAUGGCAAGAUUUUUAAGUUAAAAUUUAAAUUACAAGUAUGCUUAACAUAUUAAAAAGCAUUUUUAUAUUUCAAUGUUAAUGGCUAGUUUAAUAUACAUGUAUGACAUAACUAAUUUGUUACGAACUAAUUAUUAUAAUUAAUCAGCUAAUUUGUGAAAAUGUUACACCUGUUUCAUUUAUUAAUUUUUUGUAAUUAAUAAAUAGAUUUUAAACUAUGAAACACUGGCCAAACUGGUCAUAUAUUGUAAACACGGGAAUGUUGUACAAAAUUUGAUAAUUAAAUUGUAAAUAGAGUAUUUUCAUAAAUAAGCUUCAUUUUGUCAGGUGCGAAACCUUUGAGCAGUGCUAUAGUUCAUAUUUUAUUUUUUGCAUCUUCAUUAUUUUUAUUCUUUUAUUGAUUCUGUUGAAUAAAAAUUGAAGUGAUUUGAACUUAAAGGGACAUAUUUGGAAGUAUUUAUGUAAUUAUGUUUUAUCAUGCUUUUUAAAGCAGCACAGGUACAUUCAGGUAUGAUGGAUCAACAAAAACUUGUUUUUGUGUUGAAACAUUUUAUCUAAUGGUGAAAAUAAGUUUUAUUUGGAAUAAUAAAUAUUUCCACAUAUGGUUGCCAUUAUAAUUAUGUUAGAGUAUUUUCCCUGUUAUGCUUAACUGUUUGUUGUCCAUGAAAGUUUAAGUUGAAGUGAGUUCAUCAUGGAAUGUUAUUUCUUCUUAAUUCAGUUAUUUGAACUGGAUGUGGUAGCCAUUUCUCACACAUGUCCAUGACUGCAUAUCACAUUAUUAUAUAAUCAGUUUCAUUAGCAAAUAUUAAAUUAAUCAAACCUCUAUUUCAAUUAGAAAUGUUGUUAUACUGUUCAUAAAAUGUAGAGAUUCAUUAACAACAGCAUUCUUACUUCGAUGAUGUCCUAUAUGUACAUAGACUGUUGGUAUUCAUACAAUAAUUAUUCGUCAAGUACAAUAAUAUUUAAAAAUGUAUAUUUUCCACCAUAAAAUCUGUUAAGACAUUUAUCAUAUUAGUUGAUAUAAAAAUAAGUUUAACAUAAGAAGAAUAUGUGAUAUGUAAGCAUAGAUAUGUGUGUAGUCAAUGUUCUGACUGCUGCAUCUAGAGUAGAUUAUACAUGUUGUAGUGAGCAACUAUCUCACUCUAUCUGUCAUCACUGUAAUGAAUGAUAUGUAGGGUGUGGAUGGCUGUAGUAAAAAAAUGUAAUCCUUCAA